UCCCCAUGUCCAUUCCAAGAUGGCUGGGAUCCCUUUGUAUUUUGUGGAUUUGCAGGAUGACUUAGAUGAUUUUGGAUUUGAAGACUAUGGACCAGAUUGUGAUAGCAUGAGGAUAACUGCAUUCUUGGACAUUCCGGGACAGGAUAACUUGACUCCGCUUGCUCGUUUGGAAAAAUAUGCUUUUAGUGAGAAUAUAUUUAAUCGACAGAUUAUUGCCAGAGGUCUACUUGAUGUCUUUCGAGAUUUCAGUAAUAAUGAAGAAGAUUUCUUGACGGUAAUGGAGAUAGUGGUCAGACUGUCCGAAGAUGCAGAGCCUACUGUACGGACAGAACUGAUGGAACAAAUACCUCCCAUUGCCAUUUUUCUGCAAGAAAGUCGACCAAACUUCCCAACAGCAUUUUCUGACUACCUUAUGCCCAUUGUAGUGAGAUACCUCACAGACCCUAACAACCAGGUUAGAAAAGCAAGUCAGGAAGCACUGCUGAUACUGCUAGAACAAGAACUCAUUGCUCAAAAUGAUAUUGAAAAUAAGGUGUGUCCAAUUCUGUUGGACCUCUCUGCUCCAGACAGUGACGAUGAGUACAAAGUGGAAGCAGUGAAUAUAAUUUGUAAAAUGGCUUCUAUGCUGACCAAAACUAUUGUUGAACGUAUGCUACUUCCCCGUUUCUGCGAGCUGUGUGGUGACGGGAAACUUUUCCAAGUCCGUAAGGUUUGUGCAGCUAGCUUUGGCGAUAUUUGUAAUGCAGUUGGACAAGAAGCCACAGAGAGAUUUUUGAUUCCAAAGUUUUUUGAACUCUGCUCUGAUAGUGUUUGGGGAAUGCGAAAAGCUUGUGCUGAAUGCUUUAUGGCUGUGUCUUACACCACUUCUCCAGAAGUUCGCAGAAGCAAGCUGUCCCCUCUCUUUAUCAAUCUCAUCAGUGACCCCUGCAGAUGGGUUCGCCAAGCUGCUUUUCAGUCUCUAGGCCCAUUUAUUUCUACCUUCGCAAACCCUUCUAGUGCUGGCCUUUAUAUUCGGGAGGAUGGGACCCUCAGUAUCCGACCAUCAGCACAGGAUGUGACUUCCAGUUCCUGCCAACCAGGCAACAAUGCAAACAUCACAUCUGCCAGUACGAACAUUGUAUCCUCCAGUUUAGAACAACCAAUAGAAAUUAAAUCAGAAUCGUCAACUGAAGGGACUUCAGCAGAAGCCAACCCCUUGAUCUGUGUUGAAAGCCCAAGGACAGACCUACUGAAAGGAAGUUCAAACAGUUGUGGUGGUCCUGGAAAGGCUCUUACCAGAUUGUCCCAGAAUGACAAUACCACUGCUUGUGUGAUAGAAGGCAUUAAAGACUGUCACAUGAGCAAUUGCCAGGGAGUGAACUCAAGGUUCCAGUCUGCUGAGGAUAUCUUUAAUACUUUCCUGUACUGGCGCCCUCCACUCCCUGAUAUAAGCCAGGAUUUGGAGAUGCUUCAGUCCAAAACUGAGAAGCAUGAAGAAGGUUGCUCUAUGUCAAAAGCUAUGUGUAAUAACUGUGUUGCCAGUAGUGAAAUAAAAAAAGUGCUGGAAAGCUUGCAGGAGCACAUGGAUGAUCCAGAUGUUCAAGCCCAGGUUCAAGUAUUGUCCGCUGCACUCAGAGCUGCUCAGUUUGAGUCCAUCAAUGAUUAUGAGACCAAACACACAGAAGAGAGCAAUGGCAAACUUCAGAAUGAAUUGUCCACUUUUGAAGCCAGCCAUGCCACUGUGGAGAAGAACACUUUGUCCUCUUCAUCAUUCCAGGAUGAUGUAAGCGACCAAUCCACUACCAGUAUACUGAAAAGCACAGAGUCAGAGGAACAACACAAUGGGACCAUUGAAUUUUUAAAGAAAGAACAACAUAAUAAUCCACCCAUUGAAGAUGAUAAAUCGAAGUUACAGGAUAUCAUACCUCAACCUUUAUUAGACCAGUACUUGUCAAUGACUGACCCAGCUCGAGCCCAGACUGUUGACACUGAAAUAGCAAAACACUGUGCAUAUAGUCUCCCAGGGGUGGCCUUAACUCUGGGCCGGCAGAACUGGCAUUGUUUGAAAGAUACGUAUGAGACCUUGGCAGCAGAUGUACAGUGGAAGGUCCGUCGGACACUAGCUUUUUCCAUACAUGAGCUGGCUGUUAUUCUGGGGGAUCAACUAACAGCAGCUGAUCUGGUGCCGAUCUUCAAUGGAUUCUUAAAAGAUCUGGAUGAAGUGCGGAUUGGAGUUCUUAAACAUCUCUACGACUUCCUUAAGUUGCUUCAUGCAGACAAAAGGCGCGAGUACCUUUACCAGCUUCAAGAAUUUGUCGUGACUGAUAACAGCAGGAAUUGGAGGUUUCGUUACGAGCUGGCAGAACAGCUGAUCCUGAUAUUAGAACUCUACAACCCCAAUGAUGUGUAUGACUACUUACGGCACAUUGCGUUAACUCUCUGUUCGGAUAAAGUAUCGGAAGUCAGGUGGAUCUCCUUCAAACUGGUUGUGGCAAUACUACAGAAGUUCUAUGCAAAUAAUGCAAAUGCGUUGGGAUUAAAUUUCAUUAAUGAGCUUGUAGCAAGGUUCCGUCAUUGUUCCAAGUGGAUUGGAAGACAAGCUUUUGCCUUCAUUUGUCAGGCUGUAGUAGAAGAAGAGUGUAUGCCUGUUGACCAUUUUGUCGAACACUUACUUCCCAGUCUUUUAAGUCUUGCUUCUGAUCCUGUGCCAAACGUAAGGGUUCUGUUAGCCAAGGCUCUAAGGCAAACACUGUUGGAGAAAGCUUAUUUUAAAAGUGUUGGCAACCCUCAUCUAGAAGCUGUGGAAGAAACUGUUCUAGCUUUACAGUCUGACAGAGACCAAGAUGUGUCUUUUUUUGCCACUGUAAAACCAAAACUGAACAAUAUGGACAUGACUUCCCUUGAAAAACAAAACUAAACUGUUCAUCUACUACAAACCCCGAACAUCAAAAUGGUGACACACUUCAUGUUCUUGGAGGAACAUGGAACCAAGCAAUUUAUUGCCUCCCUGGUCUGAGAGAAAAGGGCUUGUUGAAAAUGCCAUUAUCUUCAUUCAGUGACCGCUUUUAUAUCUACAGCUGUUCUUCAGAUGGGAUGACUACAUUCAUAAUUUUGUUCUUUUCCUUGUAAACAUGGCUUGUAACUCAUCUCUACAAAAGGUCCAGUAUUGUAAAUACCCUCUUACGAAGUUGCACACAUACAGCAUUUCAGUAUCAUCCGUUACAGUAAUAUAUUUUUAAAUACUGUAUUUUAAAAAAAUCCAGUAAUAAAGCGGUUUGCUAGAAACCCCUCUAAGCUUGUAAGUUUAAAAACCUGAAGUUAGUAAGCUUAAGUGUAGCUGCUUUCCCCCAUUUUAUUGUGGUUUUUAUAUUUUUUUGUUUAUAGUAUUGCAUUUUAUUAUUUACCUGAAAAAAUGUACAUAUGUGAAUAGCUCCUGAAACUUGGCAAAAGAAUUGAAAAAUUUUUAAUCCUACACCAGUGAGAAUCACAUAAGCCAUUUUACGUUAUACAACACAGGUGGCUUGUUGGAACUAAAGCAUGGCUUAACUUCUACUUUUAACAUACAUGUGAUACAUUUAAAAUCAGGGCUUGACUUUCUCUGUAUAUUGGGGCAGUUUUUAUUACUUUGUCUUUUGUAAACUGUAUUAUUAUUAACAUUUUUUCUCACUUCCUGCCGUUAAUCCUUGGUCUCCUUUUCUCACUGCUAGUACUGAUGGGUGUGUAAUAUACAUGGACUGUUAACUCCCCAACUGGAAAUUGCUAAUUCUGCCCUAGCAAAGUUCAUUUCAUUCAAGGAACUUGAAGGUCACAGAUUACAUGAAGUCUCCGCAAUAGGAAGUUAACCUCUAUAAAUGCUCUGCAAAGUGUGUAAGUAGGGAUGCACGUGUAUGGGAGUGCAUCACAUACACCUGUGACUUGAAAAACACUGUAUCUGGUUCAGCGUUCAGAUCCCUGGGAAUCUGUCUCUCUGUACUGUAAUGACAGAGAAAGGUUCUUAUGUUGUGGUCUCUGUACAUUUCCAUAUAGUGCAGAUUUCCAGAGUACAAAAGUUGACCUAUUUUACUUUGCAGAUUCGGUUUGUAGUAUUGUAGCUGUUGUCAUGAUUCUUUGGAUUGGAUGUAAACAAAAAAUGAAAUGGGGGAAAACCCAAGAUUACAUUAACUUGACAGGAUAUUGGAUUCUUCUCAUAUCUAAACGGGAACUUCAGUAGAAAAAAGUAGGAUGAAAUCCUCUUCACUAAACCUGGCAGUUUGCAAAAUAGUCACUUAUGCUAAAGAACUGAUUAUCUUUGUUGGGCCCUGCUUAUUUCAGCUCUGCCUUCCCCUCUGUACAAAGACUUGACCUAACAUAGGACCUGAUCCAAAACCUAUUGAAGACAAUGGGCUUUGAAUCAGAACCACAGCCUUGCAGUAUAUAUACUGCAUUAUGGGGAAAUGGAUCUCAUUUAAUGGCAAGUAAAUUACUGUGUUCAACAUUUGCCUAAUGUGUAAACAGACCAGUGAAAGAAUAGUUCCUUCCACUUUAUUUCAUUGUUAUAAUAUGAAUUACUUAUAUUGUCUGGAAGUAAAAAAUACUACUCUCUUAAAACGGGAUUGUCAGCCUCAUAGCAAGUAGCUUUCCCAGCCUGAUUUGUGUGGGGUUUUUUUUUCUUUCUUUCUU